GGAGGCGGGGGCGCGGCUACUCUGGUGCGUCGGGUUACAGUCGCCCUGCUUGUUCAGGGGGUGACAUCCACGCGCGCCUCGCUGCGAGUAUCCAGACCUAGGCGCUGAUUCGGGGGAGGCAGAGACUCCGCCCAGGCCCGCGGAAACGGGUGCUUCUGCCCUCUCUCCCCUCGCGCGAGAGGAUCAAUUUAAGGCUAAGAAAUGGCAUUUCAAAAGGCAGUGAAAGGGACUAUUCUUGUUGGAGGAGGUGCUCUUGCAACUGUUCUAGGCCUUUCUCAGUUUGCUCAUUACAGAAGGAAGCAAGUGAACCUGGCCUUUGUUGAAGCAGCAGACUGCAUCUCAGAACCCGUUAACAGGGAGCCUCCUUCCAGAGAAGCUCAGAUACUGACUUUGAAAAACACGUCUGAAUUCGAUGUACUUGUCAUUGGAGGAGGAGCGACAGGAAGUGGCUGUGCCCUAGACGCAGUCACCAGAGGACUAAAAACAGCCCUUGUAGAAAGAGGUGAUUUCUCAUCAGGGGCCAGCAGCAGAAGCAGUAAAUUGAUCCACGGGGGGGUGAGAUACCUUCAGAAGGCUGUCAUGAAGUUGGACAUUGAGCAGUACAGGAUGGUAAAAGAAGCCCUUCAUGAGCGUGCCAACCUACUAGAAAUUGCCCCCCAUUUAUCAGCUCCGUUGCCUAUAAUGCUCCCAGUUUACAAGUGGUGGCAGUUACCUUACUACUGGGUAGGAAUCAAGCUGUAUGAUCUGGUUGCUGGAAGUAAUUGCCUGAAAAGCAGUUAUGUCCUCAGCAAAUCAAGAGCCCUUGAGCAUUUCCCAAUGCUCCAGAAGGAUAAACUGGUAGGAGCAAUUGUCUACUAUGAUGGACAACACAACGACGCACGGAUGAACCUUGCCAUUGCUCUCACUGCUGCCAGGUAUGGGGCUGCCACGGCCAAUUACAUGGAGGUCGUGAGCUUGCUCAAGAAGACAGACCCCCAGACAGGGAAAGAGCGCGUGAGCGGUGCGCGGUGCAAGGAUGUGCUUACAGGGGAGGAAUUUGAUGUAAGAGCCAAGUGUGUUAUCAAUGCCACGGGACCUUUCACAGACACCGUGCGCAAAAUGGAUGAUAAGGAUGCCGCAGCUAUCUGCCAGCCCAGUGCUGGCGUCCACAUCGUGAUGCCUGGUUAUUACAGCCCGGAGAGCAUGGGACUUCUUGACCCAGCGACCAGUGAUGGGCGAGUUAUUUUCUUCUUACCCUGGCAGAAGAUGACUAUCGCUGGCACCACCGACACUCCAACUGACGUCACACACCAUCCCAUUCCUUCCGAAGAAGACAUCAACUUCAUUUUGAAUGAAGUGCGUAACUACUUGAGUUGUGACGUUGAAGUAAGAAGAGGGGAUGUCCUGGCAGCGUGGAGCGGUAUUCGCCCCCUUGUUACAGAUCCCAAGGCUGCAGAUACACAGUCCAUCUCCCGAAAUCACGUCGUGGAUAUCAGUGAGAGCGGCCUCAUCACUAUAGCAGGUGGAAAGUGGACAACCUAUCGAUCUAUGGCAGAAGAUACCAUAAAUGCUGCAGUCAAGACCCACAAUUUGAAAGCAGGACCAAGUAGAACAGUUGGGCUUUUCCUUCAAGGGGGCAAAGAUUGGAGCCCUACACUCUACAUCAGGCUUGUCCAGGAUUAUGGACUUGAAAGUGAGGUAGCCCAGCAUCUUGCUGCCACCUAUGGUGACAAGGCUUUUGAGGUGGCCAAAAUGGCAAGCGUGACGGGAAAGCGGUGGCCCAUUGUCGGGGUGCGUCUUGUGUCAGAAUUUCCGUACAUUGAAGCAGAGGUGAAAUAUGGGAUUAAGGAGUAUGCCUGCACUGCAGUGGAUAUGGUUUCACGUCGUACUCGCCUGGCCUUUCUAAAUGUCCAGGCAGCAGAGGAGGCCCUACCCAGGAUUGUUGAACUCAUGGGCAGAGAACUGAGCUGGGGUGAUUCUAAAAAAAAGGAAGAACUUGAAACAGCCAGGAAGUUUCUGUAUUAUGAAAUGGGCUAUAAAUCUCGAUCAGAACAGUUAACAGAUCACUCUGAAAUUAGCCUACUGCCUUCAGACAUUGACAGGUACAAGAAGAGAUUUCAUAAGUUUGAUGCAGACCAAAAAGGCUUUAUUACCAUUGUUGAUGUUCAGCGUGUAUUAGAGAGUAUCAGUGUCCAAAUGGAUGAAAAUACACUACAUGAAAUUCUGAAUGAAGUAGAUUUGAAUAAAAAUGGACAGGUUGAACUCCAUGAAUUUUUGCAGCUGAUGAGUGCCGUUCAAAAAGGAAGGGUGUCUGGAAGCCGGCUUGCUAUACUCAUGAAAACUGCAGAAGAGAACCUCGACAGAAGAGUUCCCAUCCCCGUGGACCGAAGUUGUGGAGGACUUUAAAUCAAGACAACGAUGACUUGUAUCCUCCCUGAAUCCAUUACAGUAGGGGCCAGGCUUAUAACCUGACUGGCCUGGGCAGAGCUAUAUUUGAAAAGAGGCCUUGUUUCUGCAUGCUUUUUUAUGCGUGAAGUUCCUUUAAGGACAAAGAAAAAUGCACUUUUCUUCUUUUGAGCACAUCUGCUUUUGCUUAAAAUCUGCUAAUUCUAAAACAUACGCUCCUUCACCGAUCCCAGAGACUCAUCUUGGAAAUGAGCUGGUUCCAAGUCUUUAUUGUGAAUAAAGCACCCCUGCAUUUUUGUGUAAGUUCUUAAUUAAACCUGUACAGCUUCUUUACCUGAUUUCAGAAAAGGAGAGAAGAAAUGGGGGGGGGGGGCGGGGGAGGUGUGAGUGUGAUUCAAAAUCUAUUCCAAGCACAAAAGAAUUAUUUUCUUUUUGUAUAAACAUGGUAUCAGCUGAUUCUGUUGGGGUGGGUGUGAGGUGUGUAGAGAUUGUCUUUUAUCAAGUGAUUUAUUCAAAGAGGCUUUAUUAAGGGGAUUCAGGUGAAGGAACCCCCAUCUGUGGUGGAGAGCUGCAUGCUCCUUUCAGUAGCCCUUCCCACAGUCAUAACAAUAGUGAUAAUGCUGGAUUAUUUGUUAAGCCAAGGUUGUCUGCCUCAUAUCCUUCAUGCUGCUGCAACAGUCUUGCUUUCAAUCAAUUUCUACUGAGUGUAACUAGGAUUUCUACUACUAAAUGCAUGCUCCCUGUUUUGCUUUAGUUUCUAGCUUUGUUUUGUCUUUUUCAAAAUAUAUGUAGCUUACUCCUUUGUACAACAGAAAUUUCAUUCUUUUACUAAACAUACUGUAAGAAUGAUCAUUGAUCUUAUUUCCUUUUUGAUGUUUUUGGUAAAGAUUCUUGGCAUAUGAAUGUAAUAAUAUUGAAGUCAUCGAUUCUAACAAGUUGCACUGUUUUGCAUUAUGUCAAUCCUUUUUAGGGAGUAAAAGAGCCCUACUGUGCUUUUAAAGAAUAUCAAGUAUAAACCCAGUACUGGAGUCGAUAUACACACUGCAUGUUUUCAUAUAUGGCAUUUUUUAUGUAUUGUGUUGGGUUAUUGUUCUAGAUUGGACUCUUAAAUAGUAUGUUUGAGGCUGGGUUGUCAUUUUUAUAACUGUCUUGGUGUUUUAUCACCAUUAUUUAUUACUCUUGAUAUACAGAAUGAGCUGCAUGCAUUUAUAGAGCAAUAAGAGGAUGUAUUUAAUGUGCCUUGUUUUUAACUGAAUAAGAACUGAAAGCAUGAAUCAAUAAAACUGAUUAAAAUGGGC